AUGGCGAUAGAGCGGCGCCGUGAGGCGGGCAGUGGGGGCCGGCCGCUGCCGGAGGAGAAUGGCUCGGUGCCGGGAGCCGGGGGGAGCAACACCGCCGCCGCGCCCCCCCCAGGGCCGCCCCCCGCCAACGCCGCCGGAGCCGAGAUCCAGCCAGUGCCGGUGCCGCCGCCCGCCGCCUGCAGCCCUCUGCUCCUCGACUAUGACGGCUCGGUGCUGCCCUUCCUUGGGGGGCUGGGCGGUGGGUACCAGCGGACCCUAGUGCUGCUCACCUGGAUGCCGGCCCUUUUCAUCGGCUUCAGCAAGUUCUCGGACUCCUUCCUCUUGGACCAGCCCGAUUUCUGGUGCCUGGAGGCUGACGGACAGGGUAGCGGUAACUGGAGCGGGUCACUGUCUCUGGGCCACGCCAACCGCAGCGACAAUGGCAGCGUCUUCCCCCCACCCGGGUUACCCACCCCUGCGGGGGGCAACGCCAGCGAGUGUGACUGCCAUGAAUGGCACUACCGCAUCCGAGCCGGCCUCGUCCAGAACGUCGUCAGCAAGUGGGAUCUUGUUUGUGAUUCUGCCUGGAAAGUCCACAUUGCUAAAUUCUCCCUGCUGGUAGGAUUAAUCUUCGGCCACUUAAUAACAGGAUGUAUAGCUGACUGGGUUGGUCGACGGCCUGUCCUGCUCUUCUCUGUCAUAUUCAUUUUGAUAUUUGGACUGACUGUGGCACUCUCAGUCAAUGUGACAAUGUUCAGCACACUCAGGUUUUUUGAGGGGUUUUGCCUGGCUGGAAUUGUCCUCUCCCUGUAUGCACUGCGGAUAGAGCUCUGUCCUCCUAGCCACCGGUUCAUGAUCACCAUGGUGGCAAGCUUCAUCGAGAUGGCAGGGCAGUUCCUCAUGCCAGGGCUGGCAGCACUCUGCAGGGACUGGCAGGUCCUCCAGGCAGUCAUCAUCUGUCCUUUCCUGCUGAUGCUGUUUUACUGGGUUGUUUUCCCAGAGUCCCUCCGGUGGCUGAUGGCUACGCAACAGUUUGAGGCAUCCAAGGAGCUGAUCCUUCAGUUUACACACAAGAACAGGAUGAGCACAGAAAGCGACAUUAAAGGAGUGGUGCCCGGGCAUAGAAUGGACGAAUCAGUGCAUAGGAUGGACGAUGCUGUGGGAAUGAAGCUGUUGUCUGUUCCUCAUUUGUUGCAGAAUUUGGAAGAGCUGGAAAAGGAGAUCGCAAGAAGACCGAAGAAAGUUUGCAUUGUCAAGGUGGUGGGAACCAGGAACCUAUGGAAAAACAUUGUCGUGUUGUGUGUGAACUCGCUGACUGGUUACGGCAUACACCACUGCUUUGCCAAGAGCAUGAUGGGGCACGAGGCGAAGAUGGCGAUUACCCACAACUUCUAUGCUGACUACUACACCAUGGCUGGGAUUGCGCUGGCCUCCUGCCUGGCCAUGUGCCCGGUGGUCGGCUUUCUAGGAAGGAGAGGAGGACUCCUGCUUUUCAUGAUCCUCACAGCCCUGGCAUCGCUUCUGCAACUCGGCCUUCUCAACUUGAUCGGAAAAUACAGUCAACUUCCAGACUCAGGUAUGAGUGACAGCGUCAAAGACAAAUUCUCUACCGCCUUUUCCAUCGUGGGGAUGUUUUCAUCGCAUGCCGUCGGAAGCCUCAGCGUGUUCUUCUGUGCUGAAAUCACACCCACAGUGAUCAGGGGAGGUGGCCUGGGACUGGUCCUGGCCAGUGCGGGCUUUGGACGCCUGACUGCCCCCAUCAUGGAGCUCCACAACCAGAAAGGCUACUUCCUCCACCACGUCAUCUUUGCCUGCUGUACGCUGAUCUGCAUCAUCUGCAUCCUGCUGCUGCCGGAGAGCAAGAACCAGAACCUCCCCGAGAACAUCCCGGAUGGGGAACAUUACACCCGGCAGCCCCUCCUGCCGCACAAGAAGGGCGAGCAGCCCCUGCUCCUGACAAACUCUGAACUCAAGGACUACUCCGGCCUCCACGACUCGGUAGCCGUCAGUGACGGCAUCUCGGAGAACACCACUGCCAACGGGAUGAAGUCCAUGUAAC